AUGUACGACUCUCCUUCGGGAGUCUCCCGCCCGCAGCUGGCUUCAUCGGACCUGGGCCCUGCCCGCCCCAGCGCGUCGCCUGGCAACCACAAGCUGCUGUCAAGCGCAUGCGCACUCUUCCCGUCACUUCCGGCUUCUCCCGGUGCCUUCCGGGUUGAAGAGCUCACUAAGGAAAUCCAUCGUAGGAAGGAGAAAGAUACAUCUAGCGUAGAAGUACAGACAGAGGACUAUGCUGCAUGGUCACAAGCAGAUUAUUACUACUAUGAAAACUGUUACAAUCACACUGAUACUCAAGACUGUGCAUCUGAACUGCCAGUGCAGCACAAUCAUGGGACUGAAGACACUGAGCAUAAUUCCACAGAGGCAUCACAGACGGGUGCUAGUAUUCCGUUAAGGAUGGAUAGCACUGAAGUUGCUGAAGGUGGAGAAGGGGAAAAUUUCAUCCAGAAUUCACAGGAAGCAGAAGAUACUUCAGUACCAGAGGGUUCUUUGGCGGAGAGCUUGAGAGCUGCUGCAGAAGCUGCUGUUUCACAAACCGGAUUUAUUUACGAUGAAAAUACAGGAUUGUAUUAUGACCAUAGCACUGGAUUCUACUAUAAUUCAGAAAAUCAACUGUAUUAUGAUCCAGCAACUGGAAUUUAUUACUACUGUGAUGUGGAAAGCGGCCGAUACCAGUUUCAUUCACGAGUGGAUCUGCAGUCUUACCAGGCCCCUGGUACUCAGCACACCAAGGAUAAAAAAGGGAAAAAGAAGAGAAAAGAACCAGAGCGGAUUUCUGCAAAUGAGUAUAAGGAUUUGGACACAGAAGAGCAGAACAGUCUGAAUUGCUUUUCCACUACUGAGCAAGUAAGUUCUACUGAGGAAGAAGAGUCUCCAAAUGUAAGAAAGAAGACUAAAAUGGACACAAAACCACGGAACAGUUUAACAGCCAAAGAAUCAAUUUCUACAGACAGUAUAAAUUCACAUUCACGCAAAAGUACACCAGAUACUGCAGCAUAUACAGAUGACAGUAGAACAGCAGACACAGAGAGUGAGCCAGAAGAAGGUGAAAUUACAGAUUCAGAGUGCGAAGCCUACAGCAGUGAGGAUGAAGUAACAAGUGAAGAAACUGCUGAUUCAGAAGACUUAGAAGACGAAGAUGAAGAAAAGAUCUGGCCUCCUUGUAUUAGAGUAAUUGUAAUAAGAUCGCCAGUUCUACAGACUGGAUCACUUUAUAUUAUCACAGCUGUGAAACCUGCUACAAUUGGAAGAGAAAAAGAUGUUGGACACACACUUCAGAUUCCUGAAGUUGGAGUCAGUAAGUUCCAUGCAGAAGUAUAUUUUGACCACGAUUUGCAAAAUUAUGUUCUUGUGGAUCAAGGCAGUCAGAAUGGAACCGUUGUUAAUGGAAAUCAGAUUCUCCAGCCUAAAACAAAAUCCGAUCCCUACAUCUUGGAGCAUGGAGAUGAAGUGAAGAUUGGUGAAACUGUGCUUUCUUUUCAUAUACAUCCUGGCAGUGAUACUUGUGAUGGAUGUGAACCAGGACAAGUCAGAGCACAUCUUCGCCUGGACAGGAAAAAGGAAUCUUCUGUUUGCCCAGCACUUAGCAAAGAAGAGAGAGAGUUAGUCAGAAGAAAAGCAUUGAAACAAAUACGGGUAAAAUAUGGUUUACAGAACACAGAGUAUGAAGACAACAAAGUAGUGAAGAAUCCAAAGUACAAAGAUAGAGCAGGAAAACGCAGAGAGACCAUUGGAAGUGAAGGAACCUUCCAGAGAGAUGAUAGUCCAGCUUCUGUUCAUAUUGAAAUCAGCAACAGCAACAAAGGACAUAAGAUGUUGGAGAAGAUGGGAUGGAAGAAAGGGGAAGGCCUGGGCAAGGAUGGCGGUGGUAUGAAGGAUCCAAUCCACCUUCAGUUACAUAAGGCGCAUGCAGGUUUGGGUACCAGUAGACCAGCCUCAAUUGAAGAUGUUCAGAUCAUCCAGAGCAAGAAUAAAAAGAACUGGGAUAAAGCAAGAGAAAGGUUUGCCGAAAACUUCCAAGAACCUAAAUCACAAAGGGAUACACCUAAGAUUACGCCUUGGGUUAGAGGGACUGUAGAGUAAAGUACCUGGUCCCACAGCAGGGUAUUUGCUGUGUGUAAAUAGUUGGGAGAGGAUUUAUUUUUAUUCUUUUUUCUUUUGCUAAAGCAGAAGUUUGGUGAUAUGUAAAAUACAGUUGUGGAAAAAAUUACACAAGAUUAAUUCUAUUAUGUUAAGUGGUUUUCUGUAGUCUUCAUGCUUUUAUAAAAACACAUUUUUAAUAAAUGAAUGGAAUUUGGAGGGAUAUUCAAAUUUUAAGUACUUGAAAGUGAUUCUCAUCAUGAGCAGGAAGUUUCUUCAGUUGUGUUUUUAACACAAUUCUUCAUGGAAAGUCAAAACAUCUGUUAAAUUUAAAUAUAAUACCUUUAACAUCUGAACAGUGGUUUAAAAGCAAGCUGAAACAAACAAAACCCCAGACCCCUACUAACAGAGUAUCAUACUGUCUUUUCCUCUCUUGUACGUUUAUUCAUGAUUGCCAUGAAAUGCUCAGCAAGAGGUACAUGACUUGAAUUCAUACAGUUCAGUACUAGUCCCAUGUCUCAGCUUACCUUAAGGGGUAAAAAAAUGUUUUUAAAUGAUUACUCAGUACUGUUCAAA